UUCUCUGACUCCAGCAGUGCUGGGGAGUGCUCCUGUCAUUCAGUCUCUGAUCCCUGUGCUGGUCACCUAGCACACAGCUGCCAGGAAGUGCCCCGGGCGAUGGAGGAGAACAUCCUGGAGAACCUGCAGUCCCUGCAGUUCGAGCAGGGUGUCGGAGAGGAGGAGCGGCCCCUGCUCUUUCUACUCGGGCGCUUCCGGGGGCUGAUGCUGCAGGCUUGUGCCCAUGCCGUCUUCUUCUGCAAGCUACUUAGGGCCCUGCGACAGACCCCAGGGAAUGGUCCAGUGUCCCUGCUCCCAUCACCGGGAGCGUGUUCUAAGGAGAAGCCUUUAAAAGAGCCUCUGAAAGUGGGCAUCAUCGGAGGUGGUCACCUUGGAAAGCAGCUGGCCAAAGCGUUGCUCCAGGUGGCCUGUAUCCCCUCCUGGAGCCUCCAGGUCUCUACUCGGAGACCAGAUACCCUGGGAGACCUCCAGGACCUUGGAGUCGUAUGUUUUUAUGACAACUGCCAACUUGUGGAUUGGGCCGAUGUGGUUUUCCUCUGCUGUCUGCCAUCCCAGCUGUCUCAUAUCUGUUUUGAAAUCCACAGCAGGCUCCGGGAAUCCUCCAUUGUAUAUAGUCUAGUCACCGCAGUCUCCCUGUCCAGACUGAAGCAGCUGCUUUCCCACACCACCAUCCUGCGGCCGCAGUACCAGUGUUCAGGCAAGUGUGUCAAUGUGUGGGGGGGGAAGAAGAAGAUCACAGCCGCCCUCCAAGAUCCUGCAAUCAUCAAGGCAACCUGUCCCUUCAGUCCCGAAGGCGGAAUAACUAUCGACAUCAAGUGGCUCGAAGCAGUUUUCUAUGCAGCCCUGAAUACCUGCACAUCACAGGGUAUGCCCCACCCGCAGGCACUAGAGUUACUCAGUAACUUGUGUCUUCCUGAGCUCUUGCUUCCCUGCCAGGAAAAUAAGAUCAACUGCCCUCCGUUCCAGGUGACACACUUUGUCAAUAAAUCUUUCGCCCAGUCCAUGACUUCAGAAGACACCUUCCCCUGGUUUAACCUGACAAUGGUUCAGCUAAAAGAAACUCCCUUUAGCCAGUACCUCACAGCCUGUGCUGCUCUUCGGGAUCAGCUGGCCACACUAUAUUGCAAUUCGUUCGGCCUCUCCCUCCCUGAAAGUGAAGAGGACCAGUCCGCAUCGUCGUCCGGCUAAAGCCUGGGCCUUUCAACCUGGCCACUGCCCAUCACCACCAGCCAUGGCAGCCCGUCGAAAGGCCAGUCUUACUUCUUCGACCAGGCCAUCAUGACUCUCUCUUAUUUUAACAGUGACUUGUCAGGAAAUUCUGAAGGUGUGCACUGUCUUUUGUAAUUUUGAAACGCAAAAACCAGGAGCUGUGACAUAGGCCUGGUUUAUAGUCCUGUAACUUGCGCAAGAUAGGAAACAAGGGUAUUGGCAAAUUGUGCUGAGGGUACUUUGGUUAGAAUAAAAUAAUACCCUCCCCUCA